UAUCUUUGUAGUAACGCAACCACCGUAUAUCCCGUCAUACAAUCAUACAUAACAAACUCACCAUACAAAUCAUACACCCUACCACACUCAAACCCACCCAAAAAAAAAUCCAAAACAAUUUUAAAACUCAAAAUAAAAAUUCCCUCUUUCUAUAAAACCCCUUCAUUUCCCCCAAAAUAAAACCCCCCUAACACUUUCUCCCACAUUUCCGUCGCAUUUUUCCCACCAAAAAACGUCGGAAAAUCGAAAAUGAGAGAAAUCCUCCACAUUCAAGCGGGUCAAUGCGGGAACCAAAUCGGAGCCAAAUUCUGGGAAGUAGUUUGCGCCGAACACGGAAUCGACCCGACAGGGCGGUUCCACGGUGAGUCAGACAUCCAGUUCGAACGAAUUAAUGUUUACUACAACGAAGCGAGUUGUGGUCGGUUUGUUCCUCGGGCUGUUUUGGUGGAUCUUGAACCGGGUACUAUGGAUAGUGUACGGUCUGGACCGUACGGUCAGAUUUUCCGACCGGAUAACUUUGUGUUCGGACAAUCUGGGGCUGGUAAUAACUGGGCUAAAGGUCACUAUACUGAAGGUGCUGAACUUGUUGACUCUGUUCUUGAUGUUGUUCGUAAGGAAGCUGAGAAUUCUGAUUGUCUUCAAGGGUUUCAAGUAUGUCAUUCAUUAGGAGGAGGUACUGGAUCAGGUAUGGGUACCCUCUUGAUAUCCAAGAUCAGAGAAGAGUAUCCGGACCGAAUGAUGCUAACCUUUUCGGUUUUCCCAUCUCCUAAGGUGUCCGAUACUGUGGUUGAACCCUACAAUGCCACACUAUCCGUUCACCAGCUCGUUGAGAAUGCUGACGAGUGUAUGGUGCUUGAUAAUGAGGCCCUAUACGAUAUAUGCUUCCGCACUUUGAAGCUAACGACUCCUAGCUUUGGUGACCUGAACCAUCUUAUCUCUGCUACAAUGAGUGGAGUUACUUGCUGCCUUCGCUUCCCUGGACAGCUAAACUCUGAUCUUAGGAAGCUUGCUGUCAACCUCAUUCCUUUUCCCCGUCUACACUUCUUCAUGGUUGGGUUUGCACCCCUUACAUCUCGUGGAUCCCAGCAGUACCGUGCUCUCACUGUCCCUGAACUUACCCAACAAAUGUGGGAUUCCAAAAACAUGAUGUGUGCUGCUGACCCUCGGCAUGGCAGAUAUCUCACUGCAUCUGCCAUGUUCCGUGGAAAGAUGAGCACAAAGGAGGUGGAUGAGCAGAUGAUCCAUGUACAGAACAAGAACUCAUCCUAUUUUGUGGAGUGGAUUCCAAACAAUGUCAAGUCCACUGUCUGUGACAUCCCACCUACAGGCCUGAAGAUGGCCUCGACAUUCAUUGGGAACUCAACUUCCAUUCAGGAGAUGUUCCGUCGUGUGAGUGAGCAGUUCACUGCCAUGUUCCGCAGGAAGGCCUUCUUGCAUUGGUACACUGGUGAAGGGAUGGAUGAGAUGGAGUUUACUGAAGCAGAGAGCAACAUGAACGACUUAGUCUCUGAGUAUCAGCAAUACCAGGAUGCAACUGCCGGUGAUGAUGAAUACGAAGAAGAGGAGGAGGAAUACCAGGACUAGGCCAAAGAUUCGAGCUUGCGCUAUCUUACUGUUUGAGACAUCUUGUCUACUUGUGAUACACAUACAAUUCGUUGCAAGAACCUGAAAGUAUUAUAAUUAGAUUUUACCUUUUGUCUUAGAUCAGAUGUAAUCUGUGUACUGUUUUGUGGGAUUUGUGGCUACAGAAUUUGGUUUAAUUUAGGUGAACUUAUGGUGUCAUGGUCAAUGACAUUUUGAUAUUGGGUGGUAUCAUGAAGCAAUGUUCUUGAGUAUCUUGUGCAGAGCUCUCACCUGCCUGCUGUACCUUGUUCGUAACUCGUAAGAGUUGGUUUCGUAUCUCUUGCAUUGAGUUUAGACUGAUGUGGAUUGUUUUUUGUUAAGUGAAUAUUGUGCUCCUCUUGCUGACUC